CCAGCCCCACCCGCAUCCCUGUGCUCUGGGAACCGCGCUCCCAGUCGUCCCUAGCAGCAGAGCACCAGGAGCUCAGGGUCCGGUUGGGCAGCUGAGUGCGCUUCGGGUUUGGCCUUUGCAGAAGGUGUUGCGGAAUGCGGGCAUCCCGGGGGCCAGCGUCCUCCCUGCUGCUGCUCCCCAACCCCCGCCCAUCCUUCUCUGGGCUCUGAAAACCCAAGGCUUCCCAGAACAGUUUAGGAUCAGCCAUAGGACUACAGCUAGCCAGCUGCGCGGAGCUUUCUGGGAAGGACAGCAGCUCGCCCUAGGGUAGCAGCUGAGCCUCGGGGUUUAGCAAGAGAGAGGGAAGGGCGUGUGCAUCGUGUGCCUGCUUGUGUGUGUGUGUGUGUGUGUGUGUGAGACCGUGAGGGAUGACUGUCUGGAUCUGAUCAAGGAGAGGGCAGGGGACUGAGACAGAGCUUUCUCGGUGUCCCCGCCCGCUCCUGCUCCCCGGCGCCCUUCACUAUGGAAUUGCGCCGAGUUGGGAUGGACCUAUGCAGCCACCAGGAACUGGCCGUCGGGCCCCGAGAUUCGGCAGGUACUCGCGCUUGGAUGGCGAGGUAGGAUGGCCACGCAGCGCGAUUCCUGCCGUCCCCACGCAGCGGUCCCCCGGAGGUACCUCUGACUCUGGAAGCUUACAGGGGUGUGGGAGGAGGCCACCCAGCCGCGCCUGCACCUUCGCCAGUCGUUUCGCCUCUACCAUCCACUCGCACCUGCCGCUACGCGGAUACCAUGUCUAAGGCGGCUGGAGGCUCAGCGCCAGCGGCGGAAAGUUGUCCCUCGGCUCCGGCCGGUGCGUCGACACCCACGGGCGUGGAUGAUCUAUCUAAAGUGACGGACGAAGAGCUGCUGCAGUGGAGCAAGGAGGAGCUGAUUCGCAGCCUGCGGCGAGCCGAAGCCGAGAAGGUGAGCGCGAUGCUGGACCACAGCAACCUCAUUCGCGAGGUCAACCGCCGCCUGCAGCUGCAUCUCGGCGAGAUCCGAGGGCUCAAGGAUAUUAACCAGAAACUCCAGGAAGACAACCAGGAACUGAGGGACCUAUGCUGUUUCCUGGAUGAUGACCGGCAGAAAGGCAAAAGGGUGUCCCGGGAGUGGCAAAGAUUGGGUCGCUACACAGCUGGAGUGAUGCAUAAGGAAGUGGCCUUAUACUUGCAGAAGCUGAAGGAGCUGGAGGUGAAGCAGGAGGAGGUGGUGAAGGAGAACAUGGAACUUAAGGAACUCUGCAUGUUGCUGGACGAGGAGAAGGGUGUAGGAUGUGCCGGCAGCCGCUGCUCCAUCGAUAGCCAGGCCAGCCUGUGCCAGCUGGUUGCCUCUGCUACCCCCUAUGUGCGAGAUGUGGGUGAUGGCAGCAGCACCUCUAGCACUGGCAGCACUGACAGUCCUGACCACCACAAACACCAUGCCAGUGGGGGAAGCCCUGAACAUUUACAGAAGCCCCGGAGCGAGGGCAGCCCAGAGCACACCAAACACAGGAGCACUAGCCCUGAACAUCUACACAAACCCAGGGCUUCUGGGACCCCAGAUCACCCCAAAGCACUGAAAGGACCCAGCCCUGAGCACCACAAGCCCUUGUGCAAGGGUAGCCCCGAGCAGCAGAGGCACCCACAUCCAGGGAGCAGCCCAGAAGUGCUGCCCAAGCACGUGUUGAGUGGGAGCCCUGAACAUUUCCAGAAGCAUAGGCCAGGAGGCAGCCCGGAACACACCAGGCACAGUGGAGGGAGCCCUGAGCAUCUUCAGAAACACGCUCUUGGUGGGAGCCUGGAGCACCUCCCCAGAGCCAGGGGAACAAGCCCAGAGCAUCUCAAACAACAUUACGGGGCCAGCCCUGAUCACAAACAUGCAAGUGGCAGUGGAGGCAGCGGCGGGGGCAGCAGGGAGGGCACCCUCCGGCGGCCUGCUCAAGAGGAUUCAUCAUCCCAUCACCGGAAUGUCUACAGCGGCAUGAAUGAAUCAACCUUGUCCUAUGUUAGGCAGCUGGAAGCCAGAGUCAGACAGCUGGAAGAAGAAAAUCGCAUGCUGCCCCAGGCUACCCAGAAUAGAAGUCAACCUCCAACUAGAAACAGCUCAAAUAUGGAGAAAGGCUGGGGGCCCAGAGCCCGGCGGGUCUUGCAGUGGUGGCAAGGGUGCCGAGGAAUAGGACGAUGCCUGCCAUCUCUCCCGGGUUCUUUUAGGUUGUCAUCAGGGGCUGAUGGGAAUAACAGUUCACUCAACUCUCCAGCUAGCUUCAGUGGACAUACCACACCUUCUCAGCAGCCUGAACCUGUGGUACAUUCUCUUAAGGUUGUGUGGAGGAAACUUGGAGAUGCUGCAGGCUCCUGUCCUGGAAUUAGGCAACAUUUGUCAGGAAACCAGUACAAAGGGCCUAUGUGAAAAGCACUGCCUUCAAACAUGACAUCAUCACUACUAGAGACAGCAGAAAAAGAAGACAAAGAAGAAAUUCAGUUUCUACAAAAUAAAACUCAUGACAUCACAUGGAGUGAUUGUACAUUGCUCAUAUCUCCCUUCUAAAUCCUUUAGUGUACCUUCUCCCAUACAGCUAAUAUGUGCUAUAAGUCUCAACUUUAGUGUUCAUAGCAGUCUCAAGGUAGCUUUGGAAAAUCGUUUUAGUAUUAAUGAAAGUAUUAAUUUCAUGAAAGCUGAAAUGUUUUUGACUCUUCACAACCAUGAUUGGCAUAUUGGGUAAUCUGCAUGGUUGGAUGAGUCCAGUAGAGUCCCUGUGGCUUUGGUAGAGGUGGUUCAUUAUAUCUAAUGGUAGGAGCUUUCUACUGUGUGGAAGACAUGAAAAAGUAUUUUUGAGCAUACAACCUGGAUUGGGAAGCUCCCUCAUAUAUAUAGCAGUUGAGGAAAGAUUGCUUCCUGAUGCAAAUUUAGUUGGAUGCAAGAUAACAUUUGGUUUUAUCAUUUGAAUUCUGAGGUGCUAAAAAAUAACACAAAAAUAUUUUACCAGCUAGAAAGGUAGAAGGAAUUUUUAAAAUGCUUAGCAGAGAGUAUCAUUUAUUUUCAUUUGGUCAAAAUAAAUAAUUUAAUUUUGAUGAGUUGUUUAUAAAGGCAUGUCUUUGGACCAUACAACCCUUCAUAUAUAUUCAACUUACCAAUGUCAACUAACAAGGAAACAAACAUAAUUAAUUUUUCUAGGAGUUUCAAGCUGUGACAUUGUCUAUUUCUACAACUUAGUUUCUAGACAUGCUGUAUACUUAAUAAACUUUAUGUAAAAUUUAAAGUCUUGCACUGCCCUAGGAAACAGACGCUUUCUUUGCAUAUCACUGCAGCUAUCUAAAGUCUUAGGAAGCUAACGCAUGUCCAUUAUUGAGGCUAAAUACUCUUUUCAGAUUGCUUGAGAUGUGUGCCAGCUUUGCUAGUUUUCUGCCUAGUGGUAUAGAUGUAUAAUAUUAGAAUGUGUGUACUGGAAAUGCUAUGAUAUUUUGUGUUUACCUAAAUUUAAUGAUCGUUUCUUGUAUGAAUGUUCAAGAGGCCUGUGACAGAAUGCUGUUUUUACCAUAGUUUAAGAUUAUAACGUAGGGAUGCAACAAUUCCUGGAUAGCUUCUAAACUUAUGAUUUGAUUCACAGUCAAUAUUCUUCAUUGUCUAUAAAUGAAAUGGUCUUAUUAUAUAACUUAUUAAUGAACAUUGGCAGGAGAAUGAGAAGAAAUUUGCCAGAGUAAAAAUGCCUAAUUGUGACUUUCAAAACUGCCCUCUAUCUUCUGAAAAUAUUUAUGGGUUCAUUUAACAUAAAAUGAUCUUUCUAAUUAUCAUUACUGAGUUAUAAUUUAAGACUCUUCCUUUAAACUGCUACAGUUUUAGUGUUUAAGAGAAAAUUGUUACACACACACACACACACACACAUACUUUCUCACACAGGAACAUCCUUCAAUUGUUGUAUUCCUACAGUCUGAAGAUAUUUAAACAAAUUUUUGUGCUUGCAGUAGAUCCUGCAGUAGCGAUACAAAGGACGUUGGUCUUUUGACAAAAUACUUGUGCAAAUUUUGAUACUGUAUCAAAACUAUUUUUUUAAAGUUCCACAUAAAAUUGAGUAUUAAGUAUAUGUGUUCAUCUUAGCAACAGUAAUAAAUUAUUUAAUCUCACAGUAUUUUUGUCUGUUUUGAAAUGUUCUUCCUUAACAGAAUAAAUUUCUAAUAGUUACUGAAUAUCAUCCCUUGUGUGAUUAUAAUACCAAUAGUAAUAUAGAUCAAAAUAAAAGACAUGCAAAAAGGCAUAUUAAAAAUAUGCUUAUGAAGGACUUAAUAGUCAGAGACAUCUUAAUUUAUACCAUUUUCUAUUACAGCCUCCAGGAGUAUGAUUUAGGGACAGUUGAAAUUUCUUAAUAAAAUUCUCAUUUCUUAAACUUAUUCUUAGAAUAGAAAUACUAAACUAGUUUUGAAACAAUCAGCAUUAUUUUAUGUAUUUGUGGGAAAAUUUAUAGUAGCACAUAAGACUUCUUAGAAGUUGCUAAUAAGAUGGUAAAAUGAAGCUUCCUAUGCUGAGCAUUAUCCCAAUUUUAAGUAAUGGCAUACAUUGAUCCCAUGAGUAACUGUUUCCUAUGGGAUCAUUUGAAUAAAUUUACUAUCUAAUCAUUCCUGCAACAAAGCCUAAUUUACAUGUCUUGACAGUACUUUUAACUGCCAUGAUGCUGAUAGACUGUCACAAUCUAACUUUUAAUGACUGCCUUUCUCAUUUUUAACACAUGCUUAAAGCUCUGUAGGAAUUUGUCAGCUCAUGUCACAUUCCAAGAGUUUAAUUGGUAUGAUAUCCCCUUAGUUCAGUGAAUAUUUAGUGAUGCCUACCACUGCCAUACAAUUUUGGGCUAGCCAACCAUGGUUCUUUGGGAUUCUCAAGACAUACAAGGAUGAAUAAUAUCUCAGGUCUUGGGAGAAGCUUCCUUUAUUUUUGACACCUAAGAUAAGAUUGUCUUAGACAUCUAUUUCACUUGAUCUGAAACAACCUACCCCUAAUGCCUUCCAUUAAUUCUCAGACUCUGUAUGAUGUAGCAAAUUUCCUGCUGCUACAUCUUCUCUCCAUCUAAUGAUAAAACUAGCAAAUCUUGGCAUUUAUUCCUAUGAAAGUACCUUUAAGCUAGCUUAUCAAAGUAGAUCACCAACAAGAUCAAAACAACUAUGAAGAAAUCACAUGCUGAUUUCUAAAGAAUCAAAACUUCUCCACCAUAUCUAAGGCAGCACCUUAUUCUGAACAAUAAGUAACUGAUGCACAUGGUCUCCUUUGUCUAUAAAACAACAAUUUCUUAUGGUUCAUCUUCAGAUGAGGGAGAUAUUUUUGCAUGGUUGGGAGGAUUGACAAAUAUUGUCUCAAUUAGAGAAGAAUUAUCAUAUUGGCCAAAUCACAAUUAUAUACUAUCACAUUCUGCUUUUAUAUAUCACCCAACUUACAAGCCUUACAUUUUAUGGUAACUGCCUUAUAUUAACAAGAGACUCUGUUUUGAUUCUUAUAUAUGAAUAUUAUUAUUAUUAUUUUAAUCUAAAAAUCUCCACUAUUAUUUAAUUCUAAAUUGUAGAUGUCUCUAAAAAUACUUAUGAUAAUAAAUAUCUUAUUUCACAAAAGCAG